AGCCAUCCCAACACAAGCCGGCCCAGCGAAAGCGUGUGGGCUAUUUAUAAUGAUUUCCCCUGAGGCCUGACAUGCCAUUGAAUUUACAUCCGUUGGGCCGCACGGGGAGCCUCGCGCAGCAAUGCGUGUGGUAAGCAUCCAUGUGUUUAUUGUUGUAUUGCGGGCUUGGGUGGCGCAAGUGCAAGCGAACUAUCUUUACACGCAUGAUUCCCAGGUCAGGCUUCGCAGUUCUAAGUACACUGCACACGACGCUUACUUCAUCGAGACUACAGCGAGUGAUUGCGUCCUCCCUGCCGAAGCAAUCAUCACCCCUGAGCAGUGUGACGAAGCUGCGGAGGUUCUGGGGCUCGUCUUGGGGUACCGGGGCAAUUGGAAUUUAGGGGGCCACUGCGCCAAAUGGGCUGUUCUGAACAUGGAUACGUGGUACUACCAUUACGCAUCAGGUCGACCAGGCGCCCAACCAAUAUGCAAAGUGCCUGCGUUUUCGCUUGGUCAUGAGAGGUACUGCAGCACAGCGAGGAGCACUGCUGCGCCGAAGUGUCCCCCCUUCCAUGCAGAGAUCACAGAUCCAUCAGACUGUGACAGUGCAGCGAGCGAGCUCGGACUCACCUUGCACCCCUCGGACGGAAACGUGAAUUAUGGUGGAACUUGCAGCCAAUGGCAUAAUGGAAAUGGCCAAGAGAAUUGGUACUUCUACUACGCGAGCAAUCAAUGCGGCGCCUACCCAAUAUGCCAGUUGCAACAAUUCGUUCUGAGCGAUCCGUGCCCUCCUGGAUUUGAAUCGAUUACUGUUGCGGCAGUUUGCGACAUAGCUGGAGCUGCGCUCGGACUCAGCCCAGGCUUUGUUACUCAAUACGGCUUCGGUGGCAAGUGUGCGAAAUACGAAUUGGGAGGGCAAUCCAAUGUGUAUUACCAUUGGGCAAGCAACCAACCUGGUGCCACAUCAAUCUGCUCCGCUGUGACAUCGAAUCCCGUGAUAGUGCCGACGCCCAGCCCAACAUCGUCUUCAACGGCUCCUUCGUGCACACAGCUCGCCACUGGAGGCCGCUCCAAUGACUGGAGCACGAUCUGCCAAAGUGUGCCGACCACCGCAGGCCACGUCCAACUCAACAUGGGGGAUGUGGUUGACUACUUCAGACCUGUGGCGGGGGCGACCUUUUGUGAUAUGUUGACAAGCUCUAACCAGCACGAGUGGAGCAAUAACCUGACUACGUGGUACACUCCUGGUUAUUAUCCAGCACACUUUGGCGGGUCUGCUUUGAAUUGGCCGCUUGAUAACGUGGCGGGGGAUGAACGAAGAUUCUUGUCAUUCUGGGAUGACGGCGGGGGCGGCGUCGGUGGUUGUUGCCACAACAGCUACUCGGACACCUCCUAUCCAGGCCGGCCGUUUACAAUGUAUUGGUGCCAGCCAGGAGCAAAUUUGGUACCCACCCCGUUACCGACCAGCUCGGGCGAUAUUACUGCCACUGGCGAUCCACAUCUGAAAAAUGUGUUCGGCGAGCGGUUUGAUUUGAUGAUGCCGGGCAGGCACGUUCUGAUAAACAUCCCUCGUGGGGAGCCCGCCGAAAAGACACAGCUUCACGUGGAGGCCGAUGCGAGCCGAUUGGGUGGGCAAUGCGAAGAUCUGUAUUUCCAAGAACUGAAUAUCACAGGGUCUUUGGCAGAGGAGAUGCAAUCAGGAGGGUACCGUUUCCGAUCUCGAGAUGACAGCGAGACUCCGGAAUGGCUAAGUUUCGGCAAGAUUCAGUUGAAAGUCGUUCAUGGGCGUACGGAUCACGGCAUCGAGUAUUUGAAUUUCUACGUCAAGCAUUUGAAGCGGGCUGGGGUUCCUGUUGGAGGCUUGCUAGGAGAAGAUGACCAUUCACAUGUCGAACAACCUCCAGAGGAAUGCAUCCAGCAUGUCACCUUGUGAUCUGUCGUAUUAGCGGCGAGCUUACAUUUACGGAAUUCGACGUCCAUGCCACCUCUUCGUGCUGAGCGCUUCCGGCGGGCAUCUUCCUCGUCUUGCUCUAUGUCAUGUCGUUCUCGGCUGGGAACGGAAACUGCCUCGCCCGCCCGCCCGCUCCCACCGCCCGCCCGUCCCCGUGCGAUCUCGACUUGGUGCGUCGGCUUGCCCAGGCAUUCACUGCACUCCAGAACUCGAUCUGCCCGUUCGCAACCGAGCUCUCUGACCCAACUGGGCGUAGAAGCUGAAUCUGCCGACUCCCGCCAGGGCUUCGAAGCUGCCAGCUCCGAAGAGAUCGUACAACUCACGCUCGUUCGUCUGCAGCCCUCUCCCCGCCCGCCGCGAGGCUUGCCAGCGCUCCAGACCCACCGAAUUUGAAGAGGAAUGCUUCUCGAGACUUUCAGCCUGUCCGCCUCGGCGCCUUUUGAGCCUUCCUGACCUUCAGUUGGCACCCCGCGCCAGGCGAUUGCACGCGGACGGACGCCGCCGCAUGCACCGUGUUUGUUCUGGAA